GAAACCUGCUGAAACAGAGAGGUUAGAGGAGGAGUGGAAGGAGGACGAGGAGGAGGGAUGUAGUGGACGUGUUCCUGCUGUGUUACCUUGUCAGGAAGAGGGGGAAGAGGAGGAGGAAGAUGGCGGCCGCCGUUCACUCUCCUCUCUACCUGGGCUUUGACUUCAGCACGCAGCAGCUGAAGGUGGUGGCGAUGGAUGGGAACCUGAACGUGGUUCAUCAGAACAAUGUGCAGUUUGACUCCGAGCUACCAGAGUUCAGGACUCAGGGAGGUGUCCACCUUCACGCUGACAGACUGACGGUCAGCUCUCCCGUCCUGAUGUGGGUGAAGGCUUUGGACCUGCUAUUGGACAAGAUGAAGAGGGCGGGGCUUGACUUCUCCCGUGUCAGAGCGUUGUCAGGCAGCGGCCAGCAACAUGGCAGCGUGUACUGGAGACGAGGUGCGUCUGAGACCCUAAAGCAGCUCGAUCCGGACCAGAACCUGUACCAGCUGCUGCAGGGCAGUUUCUCAGUGUCUGACUCUCCUGUGUGGAUGGACUCCAGCAGCCGUCAGCAGUGUCAGGACCUGCAGGCAGCAGCAGGGGGAGCCCUCAGGCUGGCAGAGAUCACUGGCUCCAGAGCCUAUGAGCGGUUCACAGGAAACCAGAUCGCCAAGGUGCGACAGACCCGACCGGAGGACUACCAGGAUGCAGAGAGGAUCUCAUUGGUCAGCAGCUUCGCUGCCUCUCUCUUCCUCGGGGAUUACGCCGCCAUCGACUACAGCGACGGUUCGGGGAUGAACCUGUUGGACAUCAGGACCAGAAACUGGUCUGAGAUCUGCCUGGAAGCCACCAGCCCUCAUCUGGACCGCCUGCUGGGAGCUCCAGUACCCUCAGAAUCUGUACUGGGUCCGGUCUCGUCCUACUUUGUGCGUCGAUACGGUUUCUGUGAGAGCUGCAGGGUGGUGGCCUUCACUGGAGACAACCCAGCGUCUCUGGCAGGAAUGAGGCUCCAGCGAGGAGACAUCGCUGUCAGUCUGGGGACCAGUGACACAGUGUUUCUGUGGAUCCAGCAGCCUCGUCCGGCACUGGAGGGUCACAUCUUCUGUAACCCUGUGGACUGGAAGCAGUACAUGGCCCUGCUGUGCUUUAAGAACGGGUCUCUGACGAGGGAACGAAUCAGGAACGAGUGUGCUGGAGCAUCAUGGGAAAAUUUUUCUGCUGCCCUGAGAGACACACCGCUAGGAAACAACGGGAACAUGGGCUUUUAUUUUGACUCAAUGGAGAUCACUCCUCCUGCAGUGGGAGUUCACCGCUUCGACCCGGACGACAACGAGUUGUCCUCACUGAGUCCUCAGGUGGAGGUGCGAGCUCUGGUUGAGGGUCAGUUUCUGUCCAGGAGGCUCCACGCUGAGAGGUUGGGAUACUCCAUCAUUCCAGGAACCAGAGUGUUGGCGACGGGAGGAGCUUCGUCUAAUAAAGAGAUCCUGCAGGUGUUAUCAGAUGUGUUUAACGCUCCGGUUUACACCAUCGAUCUGUCCAACUCCGCCUGUCUGGGGUCGGCCUACAGAGCUCUGCACGGCCUCGCUGCAGAAUCCGGAGUUUCCUUCUGUGAUGUGGUGAAGAAAGCGCCGGAUCCACAACUGGUCGCCACCCCCCAUCCUACAGCACAGGAGGUGUACGGCCGCAUGCUGAAGCGCUACGCCCGAUUGGAGGAGAGAGUCCUGCAGGAGACCCGCCCCAGAUCGAUGGCCGCCACCACCGAUCAGCUCUGACGAGGAACAAAAAAUAAUAAUGAAUCAGCCAAUAACAUCGUGAAUGUGAUUAUGAAUAUAAGUCCAAUCAAUCACUGAACUCAACUUCACCACUAGAUGGCACUAAAUCCUACACACUGCUCCUGUAAGCUGCCUCUCUCCGCUCCGACCCCCCCACAUCCAACAGCACAGAGCAGAUCACACUAACAGGAAGCCAGACACAGAGAAAGGUACAUUUUCAAAGUAAAAUACUGUGUGUUUAAGGACAAAAUACACAAGUAAACAACAUCGGACAGAAAGAUCUCAGUGGAUCACGGAGCCGUAAAGGCGUGUCCGAUGGCGGCGGUCCUCACAAAAACAUGAAGUGAUUCUGAGGUUGUUUUUUUAUGAAUAAUGUGAUGAAAACCUCGUUGGUUGUUUCCUUUCUCGUCAGUUAGACUCAAGAACAGAAACUGCAGGAAGAAAUGUGAUUAAAACUAAUUAAUAAAACGAUUUCAGCCCCAAGAUAAUCAACAACUAACAAACAGGAAGUAUGAAUUAACCUUAAUUAAAUCUCAAACUCAUUUCCUCUGACUAAUGACGAAUACAGCAGGUUGUUUGUGUUACAUUAUUAAUGCAACAGCUGUUGAUUCAAGAUCAGUUUAAACCUGCAGAUGUUAAAAUAUAAAUCCAUAAUCAAUAACAUCUCAUUAAUCAGUGUAUAAACUCUAGAGCUAUGUUCUAUCUGGAGCUGAUUCAAUCAAUAAUCAAUAAUCAGAAGCUGUCACACACUGACUGUUUACCAUCCACUGUUUAGAUCUUGGUGCUUUUUAACUCUAGAUUUGAACCUGAUGAAGGAUUUUAGUCAUCGGACGUCUGGAUCUUAAGUUAUCAGAGAAACAAGCUGAGCUAAAGUUAGCAGGCAACGAGUAUGAGCCAAUCAGAGUGGAACCUCUCCCCAGUCCCAUGAUGCAUCCUGAUAAACUGAUCUAUUCGUUUGUUUGUUUUCUUUAGUCUAAAUUCAUUUCAUGGUUAAAUGUGAACUGCCGGCAGCCUCGGGCCUCAUUCCACUAAUCAAUGAGCUGCUUUAAUGAGCUUCUCAGUAAUUCAUCAUUUAGUAUUGAUCACAUAUUGAGGACCCCGACGAAGAGUUUAAAGUUACCUGUUCAUUUAUUCAUCGCUGAACGAGGCGCUGCUUUUUAAAUGCUGCUAAUCUGAGGAGGAGGAGGAGGAGGAGGAGGAAGGGUUUCAGUCAGAUACUGGACUCUGCUAGAGGAAGGUCGGAGCUCUCUGAUGAAAUAUUAUUCUUAUAUCUGUCAUUAAUCUGAUGACUACGAUGAUCAGGAUAUUAAAGUAACUGGAUUACUUUCUGUUGGUUGUGGAUUACAUCAACGGCACAUAAAUAAAAGGAUCUUCUGGGUUUUCUUGA